GGCUGCCGGCGGAGGGAGGGAGACAGACACACAGAGACACAGAGACAGAGAGUCAGAGACUGAGACGGACAGAGGCAGAGCGCCCACAGGCGGGGCCCGUGCUGACACGCUCGAAAAAGACAGGACUGAAGCCUCUAUUUAGGACACUGAAUUAUCCGGUAAAAUAUCCAAUAAACCCGCUGUCCUCCGCGGGCCGCCUUUCUCUGCGGGGUCGGUUUCCCGUCGCGCCGCGCGCCGAGCCGGGCGGGGCCUCUGGCCGCGGGCUGAGCAUGGCCGGCCGCGGGCCGCUCGCCCUCCUCGCCCUCCUCGCCCUCCUGGCCCCGCGCGGCGCCCAGCCCGCAGUGUUUCUUCCCACCUCAAAAGCAAAUGAAGUUCUGGUGAGAUGGAAACGAGCCAGGUCCUACCUUUUGGAAGAGCUCUUUGAGGGAAAUUUAGAAAAAGAAUGUUACGAAGAAAUCUGUGUCUAUGAGGAGGCAAGAGAAGUAUUUGAAAAUGACGCAUCCACUGAUGAAUUUUGGAAGACGUAUCUGGGCGGCUCCCCGUGCGUCUCCCAGCCCUGCCUCAACAACGGGUCCUGCCAGGACAGCAUCCGCGGCUACACCUGCACCUGCGCCCCGGGCUACGACGGCCGGGACUGCGCCUUCGCUAAAAAUGAAUGUCACCCUUUGAGGACGGAUGGGUGUCAGCACUUCUGCCACCCGGGGCCGGGGUCUUACACGUGCAGCUGUGCGAAGGGGCAUAAGCUGGGCCAGGACCGCAGAUCCUGCAUCCCCCACGACAGGUGUGCGUGCGGAGCCCUCAGCUCUGAGUGCCUUCUGACGUCACAGGGAUGCGAGCAGGACCUUCCGACUUUCCCGUGGCAGGUAAAACUAACAAAUUCCGGAGGAGAAGACUUCUGUGGAGGUGUUCUAAUACAGGACAAUUUUGUACUGACAACAGCAAAGUGUUCACUCUUGUACAGAAACAUUAGUGUGAAAACAAGUUCCCGCUGCCGGGCGCGCGAGGCCCCGCCGGCGGUGGAGGUGAAGGGCGUCCACGUGCACACGAGAUUCGAGGCGGACACGGGGGACAAUGACGUGGCCCUGCUGGAGCUGGCGCGGCCCGUGCGCUGCCCCGACGCCGGGCGGCCCGUCUGCACUGCCGAGGCCGACUUCGCCGAGCGCGUGCUCCUCCCGCGGCCGGGCGUGCUGGGCGGCUGGACCCUCCGCGGCCCCGAGCUGGAGCCCGCGCGGCUGCCGGUCACACACGUGGAGCCCGGAGAGUGCGGCCGGGCCCUCAACGCCACGGUGACCACGCGGACGGGCUGCGAGCGGGCCGCGGCGGCGGCCGGGGCGGCGCGGUGGGCGGCGGGCGGCGCGGUGGCCCGGGAGCACCGCGGCGCCUGGUUCCUCACCGGCCUCCUGGGCGCCGCGCCCCCCGAGGGCCCCGGGCCGCUCCUGCUCAUCAAGGUCCCCAGAUACGCGCUCUGGCUCCGGCGAGUCACGCAGCGGCCGAGCUCCGCCAGCUGGAGAGGCGACCACGGUCACGGACGCGACGGGGAGCCGGUGCUGGGGUGACAGCGCCCCCAGCCCCUCCCCCGGGACCCCUCAUCUGAGCAGAGCCCCGGACGGGAGGGGGGAGGGGCGCGCGUCCAGCAAUAAAAGCAGAGCUGCCGGCACCGCACGGCGCUUUCCUGAAACGCCAGGGAACAGGGGGCUUCCGUCCAACAUUGGUCGCGGGGGCGGCGGCGUCACAGCGACCUCCCCGCCUGCCCCGGGAGGGCGGAAGGGGCGGGGAGCACGAGGGGCUGGACGGCAAACCGCGGGCCUCUGCGCGGGCCCGACCCCGGGGCGGGAGCCGCGGAGCGGCUGGGCCGAAGGGCCGCAGCCCCACGAGGAGGGCGGCGCAGGGACCGCGCGGCGAGCCCCGCGGCCCCGUGACGCCGCCGCCUCCCCCCGCGCAGACGGACCACAAGUCCAGACCGAACCGCGCUUCCCGCAGACCGGGACCCGGGGGGCGCGUGGGUGCACAUCACGUCUAUUUCCCCGUUAAUUUCUAAGCCGGAAGUGCCCAGUUCCCCCGAGGGAGGGAAGGGCUCUCACGGCUGACAGCUCCGUGGCCGCCACGGCGGGGCCCGAAGGCAGCUCCCGCCAAAGGCACAGGCGGGGGCGGGCUCCUUCCUGACCCGCUGCUGGGGAGCGGAGGGUUGUUUUAACGGGUUAAAACUGUGACUUAUACACUCUCCUCACUGGAGAACGGAGUUUAAACACAGUUCAGAUUUUUAAGUAACAAUUCUUAAACUUACACGAUGCUUGUUUCAUUCCUGAUAUUAUACUUCAACCCCAGAGUUAGCCUUUUUUUGGCCAAUCUGCAGAUGCGCUGGCCCAUUUCUUUGAAAGGACCUUGGCAAAAAUAAAUAUGUGAAUCUGACGCAAACUAACGGACAGGGCAGUGGAGGAACAGGAGUGGACUUUGAAGUCUUACUGAAGUGUGGCUGUGUUAUCUUCAAACUGCCAUAAGGUCAUCAGGCCACUGCUCUGAAUGGCUACCAAGGAUUUAAAAUCCAGCGGAUGAGCGCUGCAACUUCUACACAAAUCAUUCUGUAAAGAUACCUGCAAUCUCGCUGAUGGCAUUAAUUUGCCCUACAAAUCUGGAUUUGCUAGAGUAGAAACCCUACCUGGAAAUUAUGACAAACACACACAGCACAGGCAGAGGUAAGAAUCUCCCUACAGCAUUUACGGGCUCUAUAAAAACAAGGACCACUGCAGAGAAAGAUACAGGCCUGCAACGCAGCUGAGACGCAGAGGGCCAUGCGAAAGGAAAACUGCUCUAGUCACGUGUAUAACUCAAUAAAUGGUUAGAAACCACACGAGGUAAGCACAUCGAAACAAUAAAACUCAAGAAAAGGGAACUUGAUUAGAUGGCCACACCCAUUCACGCCCGGGUACAGACCGGCUGCUUCCACGUUUGGGGGUGGUGUGGACAACCGCGCCAGGCCUGUGUUCACACAGGCCUCCAGACCAGUGGGAACGCAGGGUGCUCGCGCCCGAGGUUCUGUUUCUUUCAUUGCCAAGUACGACCUCGUGUUGUGGUUCACGGUCAGUCCCUGGUUUUCGGUGUCACAAUCAAUCUACUGUUCAAGAAAAUACCUGAAAGUGCUGAAAAUGCCCAGCUUUCUACGCUAUGAAAUCCAGGCACGCUCCCAGAAGUCCAGUGCUCACCCCGCAGCGAGGACGCAGCUCUCGUCCGUGAGGCCGUGCCCGGCCCCGCAGAGCAGCGAUGCCGUGACAGCAGUGCCCCGGGAAACACGGACUGUCUCCCCAUGGCCGUCUGCGCCUCCCCCAGGCCACGCCCUCCUGCUCAGGGAACUGGUGGGGGGAGGCGGCUGGGGGCCUGACACCCACGGCAGGCCGUCCCCAUGCCCAAGUCUGGACGUGCCCAGGGCGGAGGGCACACUGUUGGCUCGAAGCCCAGCUCACAGGAGUGGGUCCAGCUCCACCUCUUCUUUGGGGCCCUUGCUCUCGGAAUACGGCUCCAUCCCACUGGAGGGGCCCACGUGGAGCCCGACUGAGCGCCAGUCAGAGCCCCGGGCCGACGCCCUUCAGGGUGGGUCACUCGUGCAGCCCGGGAGAGCCCUGCAGAGGAGCCACGCGGAGCACACUGCACACUCCUGAGCCAAGCGGGACAGUCGGGCUGGCAGCCGGAGCAGCUGACGCGGGGGGCCAGAUGGGAGGCCUCGGCGGGGUGUGUGUGUGUGUCCGUGUCCAUGUCCCACAGUGGCUCUUCUCCGCGCAAAGGGCACAAGCAGCCUCCAGGUUUGGUGCCUUUGCAGCGAUGAGCAACUAUAGCCCAUGACAUUUCCUUCUUUAGUAAGUUUUGCACAGACAGAGGAAAUACGCAUACUCUGAAAAAACAGCUAUGACACCUGGAAAAUUUAAAUCAAAGUAAUUUCAGCUUGUAAAAAGAAGCAUUAAGUUAACCCAGCAUUUUGAUCACACAAAAUGUUCAAAUUUAACAUAAAAAUAG